GCGGCGGCGGCGGCGCUCGCGGUGGCGGCGCUGCUGGGGGCCUGCUGCGGCCCGAGCCGGGGGGAGGUUUGUGGGAGCAUGGACAUCCGGAAUAACCUGACUCGGUUGAAUAGGCUUGAGAACUGCACUGUGAUUGAGGGCCACUUGCAAAUAUUGCUGAUGUUUAAAACCAAGCCUGAAGAUUUCCGUGAGCUCAGCUUUCCCAAACUGACUAUGAUUACGGACUACUUACUGCUUUUUCGGGUAUAUGGCUUAGAGAGUUUAAAGGGGCUUUUUCCCAACCUCACUGUGAUUCGAGGAACUCAUCUCUUCUUUAACUAUGCUCUGGUCAUUUUUGAGAUGGUUCACUUGAAAGAGAUUGGCCUUUAUAAUCUGAUGAACAUUACUCGAGGUGCAGUGCGUAUCGAGAAGAACAAUGAACUGUGUUACUUGUCCACAAUUGACUGGUCUAGGAUUUUAGACUCUGUGGAAGACAAUUACAUCGUUGCCAACAAGGAUGACACAGAAGAGUGUGGAGAUGUGUGUCCAGGAACUGUGAAAGGAAAAAGCAACUGCCCGCCUACUGUAAUAAAUGGCAUUUUCAUUGAACGCUGCUGGACCCAUGAUCACUGUCAAAGAGUUUGUCCACCUGAUUGUAAAUCACAAGGCUGCACCUCUGAUGGUCAGUGCUGUCACAGCGAAUGCCUGGGCAACUGCUCGGAGCCCAACAAUCCUGAGAAGUGUGUGGCUUGCCGUAACUUUUACCUUGAUGGCAAGUGUGUGGAGACCUGCCCAGCCAAGUACUACCGCUUCGAGGGGUGGCGUUGCGUGACCUUCAGCUUCUGCCAGGAGCUGCACAACAAGUGUAAAAAUGCCAGGGAAUCCGGGUGCCAUGUUAUUCACAACAAUGAGUGUGUUCAUGAGUGCCCAUCGGGAUACAUCAUGAACUCCAGCAACCUGCAUUGUUCUCCAUGUGCAGGGCCCUGUCCGAAGGUUUGUGACUACAGCAAAGAGAAGAUAAUUGAUUCAGUGACAUCUGCACAGGAGCUUCGUGGCUGCACCAUCGUUAAUGGAAGUUUAGUCAUAAACAUCCGUGGAGGAAAUAACAUAGCAGCUGAGCUUGAAGCGAAUCUUGGCUUGAUUGAAGAAAUCUCAGGUUACCUAAAAAUUCGCCGCUCCUAUGCCUUGGUUUCUCUCUCUUUUUUUCGUAAGCUACAUCUGAUUAAAGGGGAGACGUUAGAAGCUGGGAAUUAUUCCUUCUAUGCCCUCGACAAUCAGAACCUGCGCCAGCUCUGGGACUGGAGCAAACACAACCUCAGCAUAGCAAGGGGAAAGCUCUUCUUUCAUUAUAACCCCAAACUGUGCUUAUCAGAAAUCCACAAAAUGGAGGAGAUCUCUGGGACUAAGGGACGUCAGGAGAGGAAUGACAUAGCCCUGAAGACAAAUGGCGACCAAGCCUCUUGUGAAAAUGAAUUGCUGAAGUUUUCGUCUAUCAAAACAUCUCAUGAUAAGAUCCUACUAAAGUGGGAACCGUACUGGCCACCUGACUUCCGUGAUCUCCUAGGAUUUAUGCUUUUUUACAAGGAAGCUCCAUACCAGAAUGUAACAGAGUUUGAUGGACAAGAUGCCUGUGGAUCAAAUAGUUGGACAGUGGUUGAUGUUGACCCUCCCCCACGGUCAAAUGAGCCGAAAGCUCAGGCCCAGCCAGGGUGGCUCCUGCGGGGGUUGAAGCCAUGGACUCAGUACGCUGUGUUCGUUAAGACACUGGUCACUUUCUCGGACGAACGAAGGACAUAUGGUGCAAAGAGCGAAAUUAUCUAUGUCCAGACCAAUGCUACUGUUCCCUCAGUCCCAUUAGAUCCAAUAUCAGUUUCCAACUCUUCGUCCCAGAUCAUUCUGAAGUGGAAGCCCCCCUCUGAGCCAAACGGGAACAUCACACACUACUUGGUGUUCUGGCAGCAGCAGCUGGAGGACAGUGAGCUUUUUGAACUCGACUACUGCCUGAAGGGACUAAAAUUGCCUUCGAGGACUUGGUCUCCACCUUUUGAAUCUGAAGACCCUCAUAAAUAUAAUCAAAGUGAAAAUGAGGACAUCAGUGGAGAGUGUUGUUCCUGUCCAAAAACUGACUCUCAAAUACAGAAGGAGCAGGAAGAGUCUGCCUUCCGCAAAAUGUUUGAGAACUAUCUCCACAAUGUGGUGUUUGUCCCCAGAAAAAUAACAUCAGGGAAUGGAACUGAGGACUCUAGGCCAUCACGAAAACGAAGAGAUCUUGGCAGUGUGGCUAAUACCACUGUGGUGGUACCCACCAUCCCAUCUUCGUUGAAUACUUCCUCUGCAAUAGCACCUGAAAAUGUAGAGGAACAGAAACCUUUUGAGAGAGUUAAGUCUAAGGAGUCCUUGGUUAUCUCAGGUCUGCGGCAUUUUACGGGGUAUCGGAUUGAGCUCCAUGCUUGUAAUCAUGAUGCCCAAGAAUCCCGGUGCGGUGUCGCAGCAUAUGUUAGUGCCAGAACCAUGCCAGAAGCAAAGGCCGAUGACAUUGUUGGUCCAGUUACCCAUGAGCUGGUUGAAAAAAAUGCUGUUCAUUUGAAGUGGCAGGAGCCAAAGGAGCCGAAUGGGCUAAUUGUGCUAUAUGAAGUGAAUUAUGGGCGUCUUGGGGAGCCAGAGGAGGCGCACUACUGCGUUUCUCGUAAGCAGUUUGCUAAUGAACAGGGCUGUAAAUUACGUGGACUACAGCCUGGAAACUACAGCGUCCGAAUCCGAGCCACCUCGCUGGCAGGAAAUGGGUCGUGGACAGAGCCCUCAUAUUUCUACGUGGCUGAUUAUUUGAACCCUCAGUCUAAUAUUGCUGUUGUUGUUGUCCCAAUCAUUUUUUGCAUAAUAAUUGCUGGAAUUAUUGGAGCUGCCUACGUAUUUGUGAAAAAGAGACAAACUGAAGGACCAACUGGGCCACUCUAUGCAUCCUCUAACCCAGAGUACCUGAGUGCCAGUGAUGUUUAUGUGCCCGAUGAAUGGGAGGUCCCACGAGACAAGAUUAACCUUCUCCGAGAGCUUGGGCAAGGCUCCUUUGGGAUGGUGUAUGAAGGGAUAGCCAAAGACAUAGUGAAAGGGGAGCCAGAGACUCGUGUAGCUGUGAAAACAGUUAAUGAAUCUGCCAGCCUCCGGGAGCGCAUUGAGUUUCUGAACGAAGCUUCUGUAAUGAAAGGGUUCAGCUGCCAUCAUGUGGUUCGCCUCCUAGGGGUGGUCUCAAAAGGACAACCCACACUGGUUGUCAUGGAACUGAUGGCACAUGGAGAUCUGAAAAGUUACCUUCGCUCCCUGAGACCUGAUGCUGAGAAUAACCCUGGCCGUCCCCCACCAACUCUCAGAGAGAUGAUCCAGAUGGCUGCAGAGAUUGCAGAUGGUAUGGCUUACCUGAAUGCCAAAAAGUUUGUCCACAGAGAUCUUGCAGCCCGUAACUGUAUGGUUGCAGAAGAUUUUACUGUAAAAAUUGGAGACUUUGGCAUGACCAGAGACAUCUAUGAGACUGACUAUUAUCGUAAAGGAGGCAAGGGGCUGCUGCCUGUGAGAUGGAUGGCACCCGAAUCUCUAAAGGAUGGUGUCUUUACUGCUUACUCAGAUGUGUGGUCAUUUGGAGUUGUCCUUUGGGAGAUAAGUAGUUUGGCGGAGCAGCCAUACCAGGGACUCUCUAACGAACAGGUGCUAAAAUUUGUAAUGGAUGGAGGAUACCUGGAUCAGCCAGACAACUGUCCAGAGAGACUGCACAGCCUGAUGCAGAUGUGCUGGCAGUACAACCCCAAAAUGCGCCCUACCUUCAUCGAGAUCAUUGAGAUGCUGAAGGAGGACUUGCACCCCAGCUUCCAGGAGGUGUCAUUCUUUUACAGUGAAGAAAACAAACCUCCCGAGACAGAGGAGUUUGAGAUGGACUUUGAGAACAUGGAGAGCAUACCCCUUGACCCUUCCUCCUAUUCGCAGAGGGACAAAGUACUGGGGCGGGACAAUGGGCCCUCCAUGGGCCUCAAGGGGAACUAUGAAGAGCAUAUACCUUACACUCACAUGAAUGGUGGCAAGAAAAACGGGCGAAUUCUGUCAAUGCCUAGGUCGAGCCCUUCCUAACACCUCCUAUUUGGCCCAAGGAUUGUGUCUUUGCUUUUCCCCUCCAUGAAUCUCAGGACUCUUGUUGUCGCUGCCACAGCGUAUGACAUGCAACGAUAAACUCUCUGCUCAGAUUUUUAAUCAUCCUAUGAUUAAGAGACUUUUUUUUUUUGACAAGUUGAGUGGUUGUCAAUUGACUUAUCUGUGAACAUAAAUGGAAAAGGUUUCCAUGGUGGCUGUCCCUUCUGUAGCCAUGGUUCAAAACAGGAGCUGACCUUGUAAAUUAGGUUGAAAGAAGAGAAUCCACAUUUGCCAACAAAGGAAAUGAAAAUCAGUGAUGUCUGAGCUACGUUAUAAAGAUGCAGAACAAAACUUCUGCAGGAUAUAAAUGUUCUCAGCAGAAUUCCAAGCUUUAUGGCAUCCUCAUCAGAAGCAUUUCUUUCACUACAGCUGAAGGAUUUUAACACCCAUCAAUUGGACACGCCAUUUCCUCAGAUUGACCAAUAGCUGCUGCUUUCAUACUUUUUUAAUGAGUUAAAUCCGUGUGUGUGUGUGCGCCCGCAGUAUAUAUACAUGGGGUGUGUAUAUAUAUAUAUACACAAAUAUACACUUCUUUUGUACAUAAGUUUUGUAUGUUCUCACAGAAGCUUUCCUCUUCUUGGAAGUGUGUAUUCUCUUUCCCAGUUUCCUAGAGUGAUUGAACCCUAAACAGAUUAUUUUUGUACUAAGGACUCUUGGGGAGUAGUUUUCUCUCAUUAGCAUAUGAGGAAAAAUAUGCUAGGAGCCAAAGGAGUAGAAAUCUGAGAUUUGUGGCUACUUUCAAGACCAAACAAAACAGGAACCCAUGACCUGAUAUCGUGCUUUCUGUCUUUAUAGCAUUGAGUAUAUAUAUUGUUUGUUGUAGCAUAUUUAAAGUGUUUUUAGUUUUAAAUGUUAACUACCAUAUAAAUUAUUGAGUGUUUAUGAUUCUUUUUUGGGGGAGGGGAUUGGGGAGUGAGUUUGUUUGGUCUUAAAGUGGUCCAUGGAUUUCAGAAUGAACUUUAUUUUAGCUGAUUACCCUCUUAGGAACUAUGAAGCAUAUGUUAAGUUUGUACUUGACAAGGCUUUAAAAUACAGUUUUGUGAUUUAUAUCACACAGUCAGCCGGCUCCAGCUAAAGCCCCAAGAUAACGUAUUUUGGACUUGAGUUGGUUGGUGGAGGCUGACAGACAAAGCAUUGCCUCAGCCCUCCGUCGCUCUGCUACUUCACUUUCUUUCCCUUCCACGUGCACUUUUCCACAGACAUUGGAGAAAACGGCACCAGGUGAAAGAGCAAAAACUCUAACAGAACAACAGACACUAACCCACCCACAGGGGGAAGUGCCAGGCUCCUGGCUCCAUGAGUAGAGCCGAAGCUGAACGUGACUGUGGUGAACUAGUCUGUGCCUGUCUGCACCCUGCGUGGGCAUUUGGCCUGGCACAACAACUGGGACUUUGGUGUUUUCCUGAGAUGCCUGCACCAUUCCCCAUGGAUCGUUAUGGGGCAGUUUUUUUCUUAGCCCUCCCCUCCAGCUCUUCAGGAUGCUAACUUUUGUGUUUUGGGCUGGGCUUUGUUUUGCUGCUCUUUGCAUAAAAGGCAAAGCUGUUUAGCUUAGGGUGUUAGAAAAGCAUCAUGAAACUACAUGUCUCCUACAGUGAUGAAAGGAUGUACUGUCAGGGAAAGGGGCUGAAGCAGGGGGGAGUGAAUGUACUAAUAGGCUUGAAAGAAGCAAACCCCUGGAUCUUGCAGGCUCUUAUAAUGCAGGUGAUGAUUUCAAAGAGAGACAGAAGGUGAAAAUCAGCAGCUUUUCUUUGUGACCCCAUGAGUUCCCUGUGCUGGGUGCAGUCCUGGCUUAUCUGGGUGGGGCACUGAGCAUGUAGGUGUGUGGCUUGUUACUUCAGACCACAUGUGGCUGCUUCGGCCUCCCCGCAAUUGAAAGACCAAUCACUGAAAAUAAAAUAAGGGUUGGUGCUAAUAGGGAGCACAUCACUGAUCCCUCCCUGCUAACCCAAAACUAUAGAUGCCUGAUAGUACAGCACCUAGAUAAAGGAUUAUGGACUUUCUGCACCUCCUGAAAGGAACAGCACCCCCUUAUGUUUGUAGGGCCUGACUCAGUUGGGACAAAGGGAGAAGGUACAAAAAGAUUGUUCACAAAAUGAGAUGCAAAAUGUAUUGUAUAAAUCUGAGGCCAGAACUUCACAGUUCGAAAGGUCUAGCUUGCAUACUUGUGCUUUACAAACUAGUAACUAUUAGGAGCUCUGUGCUACACUGCAGGGAAGAAAUAUUCACACACUUUUCUAAUUGAGAGAGGUUUUCUUAUUAGGAAAAUUUUUAUUUAUUUUAAUAUAAAAUAAAUCACUGUAAAAACAAA